AUGUCAGCUGGCCCUGAACUUGACAAUGGCGCCGUGUUGAAGUGGCUAGAAGAGUUCCAUCGGGCGAGUGCUACCCUUGACGCCGAUCGAUGGCUUAGCGAAUUCAUGACCGACGACGUGGAGAUGCAAUAUUCGAAUAACCCUGUGAUUAAGGGCAGCGAUGUACGGCAGAUGUUUAGGACUGUCCUCGGUCAACUCGAUAUGAUGACUCACGAAAUCCGCUACUUCGAUUACGUCGCCCCUCGUAUCUAUCAAGCAGCAACUAUCCGAUAUCUCAUCAAAGGUGACAGCCUAGACACAGACGAAAUCACCAUCCCCGGUUUUGCUGUGUUCUUUGUCCGGAGGGAUGAUACUGGACGUGUGAAAUGCUAUCGGGCAGAGACCUUCCUGGACCCAUCGGCGGUGUUUCAACGAAUUGCUGCAAAGUCAAGCUGA